AUGCGCGCUGCGGAGAGGAAAAUGACCCAAGGGAGGACGGGAGAGGCGGCGAUGGGUACGGGAGGGCGACGCGCGGGCGGCAGGAAUGAUGCUGUGCUGGAGUGGCUUCAGGUCGCCACCCACGCCCCGGCGGCGGCGGGGGCCCACCAAGCCGGCGAAGAAGACUCCAGCGAUGAGCCGCGCGGAUCGCAGUCCACCAGCGGCCCCGUGCCGCCCCUUGCCCCAGAUUCCCCAGACUGGCCCCCCGGCUGCGUGGAGCUCGUCGUGACCGUCUUCUCCCCGGAUGGCGACGCCAGAGGGCGGGGGCCCAAGGCGGACGCAGCGCUGAUGGCCGAUGUGCUGGAUUGCCUGCCACCCAGCGUGGCCUUGCUGCACAGGGGGGAAGAGGAGCAAUUUGGGGAUCGGGGCGAGAUAAUGGCGCCGGCGCCAGAAGUUCGGCUGGUUUUCCCGCCGUGCGUGCCGUGCGGCGAGGAGAUGAACGUGGAGAUCCACCUGGGGCCGUGCGGGUGCGAUCGCCAGCGGGGCGUCAAGGUGGUGGGCGCGAUCGGCGGGGAGGUGUUCCUGGAUGAGUCGGCCCAGGGGGCGGGCUCCGUGCUGAGGGUGAGGAUACCAGAAUUGCAGCCUGGCAUCGUCAACUUUAUGCUCACUGGCAAAGGAGAGGGCCACAUCGCAGAGUGCAAAGUCGCCCCUCUGGGCGUGCUGCCAAAGGCCACUGCAGACGAUGGCAUUAAGCUGUAUUGCAAGUUAAUACGCGCCAUGUGCAGACCUGGAGCCACACUGAAACAGGACCAAAGAAGUUCGACAGAUCAUCCUUCAAGGGUGGUCUUUGCUGAGGAGAGUGUGGAGGAACAGGUGUGGGACAAUUUCUCUACCUUCCUUCUGGAGCUCGAGGCGAUGCUGGAGGCCUUAGAUAGGUACAGGGUUGGUGAGCUUGAGUCGCUGCAUGGUUCUGCCUGGGAGCAAGUCCUGCAGAACCUCAUCUGCCACAUGGUAGAGUUCGAUGCAUGGGAAAUGAUUUGCUUCCUGCUGGGGAGGUGUGUGGAUGCCAAUGUGGCUGUGGACCUUGGCGGUUUCAUUCCUUCCCUGGAGGACUUGGUGUCUGGUGUUGGGCUGAAAGCGCAAGUUCUUGGCACUGGUGUCCAGCCUGCCAGAUCUGCAUCGCCGGACCUCUGUGUGACUGAUGAGGCAAUGGAGGGUAGCACAACAGCUGCUGAUUCUUUUAGUCUGUCACCUGCCGGGUCUGAGCAACGAGGCAGCAAAGGCCUGGAAGACGUUGCCGCUGUCAACCACAUUUGCGAUGGGGCGCUGAAGCCGGAAUUCUCUUGUGGGGAAACCUCUGAGGGUGGGAAUGGGAAACGAGAUGUUGAGGACGAACGAGGUGGAGGCAGUUUUGAUGAGCCUGCACAUGGGUGUCUGUUGGAGAUGGAUAUGAACGAUGGUAACAUGACUGAAGCAAGUGGUAUUGGGCAAGCAAACGAGUUGGAUGGCAUGGAACCUUCAGACAGUGGGCCCCUAGCUUUUGAUAACCCAUCCUCUGUGGCCCCCGUCGCCACUGUUGGAUUGGUUGAAGAGCACAGGCUUGACCCACAGACCCAACGUGAUGUAGGGAAAAGCUUGUGGCCAAAAAGUACAGGCGCUUGGGCAGGCCAGAUUUGCGAGAGGGGCUUGACCCAGGACCAAAAAUCCAAGCAAGCUCAGUCUUUGAUCAAGCGUUUCCAGCAACUGGCACCGAGCAGCGCCCCGAGGAAAGCAAAACGCGAUGCCAGUCCCAAGGAGAAGCUGCAACUGCAGUUUGUCUUCAGUAAGCCAGGUCGUGCACAGGCCCUGGAUCUCAGCAGCCAUGAUGACGACCAGACACUGUCUGGCAGCAGCCUCAUAAGUAGCACUGUCCCCAGCUCGCUGGCUCUCACAGACAACACUGGCAGCAGCGGAGAGGUCCCAACACCACGUGAGGGGUCACCGGGCGUCCUGCACAGCAUGUCCAGCAUCGUGCGCAAGGUUUUGGGACUGAAAGCCUCCAGGCAGGCCGGCGGUGCUGUGGAAGAGCCACAGGACUGCAUUCCAACAGCAGAACCUAUCCAGGGGUCUGACGCCCACUUGGAACCUGUUGUCCCCAAGGCUGACUCUGGCUACUUUUCCUGA